GGUUUAUUUCUAAUAUUUGUUACACAAAACUCUGGUUGUCUUAGGCCUUAUGACGGAAAAUGGAGUAAAACAAUGGUGGGCUAUGGACCAGAAGACAGUCACUUUGUGGCAGAGUUGACUUACAAUUAUGGAAUUGGAGAGUAUCGACUUGGCAAUGACUUUCUGGGCAUAACGCUGGUGUCCAGCCACGCUGUAAGCAACGCAAGGAGGCUGGGGUGGCCCCUCAGUGAAGUGGCCUCUGGUAUAUUUGAAACUGAAGCCCCGGGAGGAUACAAGUUCUACCUGGAAGACAAGGAACAACUAAAGCAAGAUCCUGUGCUAAAAGUAACUUUGGGCGUCUCUGAUCUGCAGAACUCUAUUAAUUACUGGUCUAAUUUGCUUGGGAUGAAAAUAUAUGAGAAGGAUGAGGAAAAGCAAAGAAUUUUGCUGGGCUAUGCAGAUAACCAGUGUAAGCUGGAGUUGAAGCAGGUCGGAGGAGCGGUGGAUCACGGGACAGCAUUUGGGCGCAUUGCCUUUUCCUGCGCCAAGGAGGAGUUGCCAAACAUUGAAGCACUGAUGAAAAAGGAGAAUCAGAAAAUUUUAACACCUCUGGUUAGCUUGGACACACCUGGCAAAGCCACAGUACAAGUGAUUAUUUUGGCAGAUCCUGAUGGCCAUGAAAUCUGCUUUGUUGGAGAUGAAGCAUUUCGAGAUCUGUCCAAGGUGGAUCCUAACGGUGACAAAUUGUUGGAUGAUGCCAUGGCUGCAGACGAGAGUGACAAAUGGUUUGCUGAGAAAAACAUGAAGAAGGCUUCUGCUUAGGUGGAGAAAAGUCGUGUCUGAUCAUUCAUGCCUUGA